AUGGUUUUGGUUCCUAAUAGCGUCUAUGGACAACCAGAUUUGCGUGAACCAGCAAUUCCAAUAAACAAUGGUGUCCGUAGGAUAAAUAUUUUGUCAUUUCAGCAAGCGAAGUUAAGAAACUCUACCCACGAAACGCGUCCUUCAUAUUUUACAAAAUCGUUAGAGCAUCAUAGUCAGCAUAGACGGCGACCGAAUGAAUCCUCGCGCCAUGUGGGAUCGCGAAAACGUCACCGUUAUUUGAAUGAUCUUCAUCUAUUUAGUCAAGUUCCUGAAGAAGAGCAAGAAAAUCUAUACCAGGAAUAUUGCUCAUCCCGACCAGUCUUUGGUUUUUCAAGUGUGAAUCAGGAGUUUUAUGAGGAUCCUAUCGAGGAUCCAUUAUUGGACAGCUCUUUACAUAUGAAGUACAAUGAGCAAGACUUUCAUUAUUACACAAUUGCUAGUAAAAUUCGCCAUGAAUUGAAACGUAGCAAUGCCUUGCAAUUGGUCUUAUUACUUGACAGAUAUCUUCAAAAUAUCCUUCAUGAAAAGUUGAUCUCGUGGAGUCAUAGGCCGAACGAAGUGUAUCAGUACAUUUCAGAAAGUUUCGUCGUUACGGCCUCCCUCGAUUUGAAGCUUAUGCAUGAGAAUGCUCGAUCUUUGUAUCGGCAUCAGUAUGUCCGUUUGGAUGUUGAAUGUCCAGAUAAUACAAAAGCUUCUACGUUUGCAAGAUAUUGGAUUCAUUUAAUUUGUGCUUAUUACAAUAUUAACUCUACUUCUAUGUCAGGUCUCACGAGAAGGUUUGUUCUUUUGCAAAUACCUAAAGUUAUCGAAAGCCCGCCGGAGAAGUUGACUUGUCUAUUAGUAUCUUAA